AUGCCCGCCCGCCAGGACGCCUACUCCGUCUCCAUCCCCAUCUCUCCCCCUCCCCCGAGCGAUCUGUCAACCUACAUGCGCUCGAUGCACCAACACACCAAGCGCCAGAUGGAGGCUGCGAACCGCUCAUCGUCGCGGAGAUCGGGUGGCCGCACUUCCUACCCCGGCCACUCCAACGCUCAUAAAUGGGUCUUUAAUUACGCGUUAUACAACAGUCGGCCCUUUGAGGUUGACGCUUCAUGCCUUGCCCUGGCUGUCACAUGA